AAAGCAAUAGGGUUCGUUAAGACUGAAGAGAAGAAGGGGCACACCGGUGGCAGCGGCGGAGGAGGAGCAGAAGUCAGAGUGAACCGGGACGCCGAGCACCGCUGCUGGUGCUUCAACAAAUUCAAUUCCAAAACACUGUUGCAUGUUGAUUCUUCAUCGUGCUCUAAAAUCAACUAAGUUCAUUCAUUUUCUCUGCUGCUACUCCCGAUUUAUCUCUCCAAUGACAGAUACCAAUUUCAAACCUUUGUGUACCCUUACUCCCAAUGUUGAACCCUCCACCAUAGAUUCCUCCAACCACACAGCUUCACCUACACGUGUUCAAUCCACUCCCGAGAUCGAAAAGAAGUAUGUCCACCGUGUGUAUGAUGCAAUCGCUCCUCAUUUCAGUUCAACGCGAUUCGCUAAAUGGCCAAAGGUUGCUGCUUUUCUAUCAUCUUUGCCUUCUGGAUCCCUUGUUCUUGAUGCUGGAUGCGGCAAUGGCAAAUACCUUGAUGCUGUGAAUCUUCCUUAUAGAACCGGUUUUGGUGAUGCUGCGAUUUCCAUUGCUGUGUUGCAUCAUUUAAGCACUGAACAUAGGAGGAUAAGAGCAAUAGAGGAGUUGGUUAGAGUAGUUAAGAAGGGUGGUUAUGUUCUGAUUACAGUUUGGGCCAAAGAACAAGAGCAUAGAUCAUUGAUUAGCAAAUGGACACCGCUUUCGGAGAAAUAUGUUGAAGAAGAGUGGAUAGGACCGGGUAGUCCUCGUGCUCGGCCGGCUGCUUCGCCAUUGCCUUUAACAAGUAUUCCAGAAAAUGAGGAGAGCAGCUCGGGUCAGGACAAGAAAGAUUGUGAUGAUGAGUUGAAAUUAUUGAGAGAUUUGAAGGUAGAGGACAAUGUAGAGAAUCAACAGGAGUAUUUUGUUCCUUGGCAUUUGCCUUAUCAUCGCGCCGAAAUUAGUGGUGCUUCUGCUCAGGCUCUUGCUAGUGGUCUUGCAACUAGAGAUGACAAAAAGGGUGCUGUGGUGUAUAAUAGAUAUUAUCAUGUUUUCAGUGAAGGCGAGCUUGAAAGCUUGACUACUAGAAUAAACAAUGUUAGAGUAGUUGAUAAGUUUUUUGACAAGUCCAACUGGUGUAUUAUUCUUGAGAAGAUUUCAUGACUAGUAAAGAAACCUAGCUGAUAUGUAAACAAAACUUGGUUGCUGCCAACCUCAGACAUAUCCUGCGCAUGAUCAAGAUCAGGCUGCAUUCUCCAAGUAACCCCUUGCCCUUGUUUUUAGUGUUCUUUCUCUUUGAUUUCCCUAUGCCCAAUUUUGAUUGUGACAAUAGGGCAUGAAGGACACCACUAUUUUGUGCAUGUUAGGUUGUCGGUAUUAUUGCUGGUACCUUGUAUGUGCUAAAAGUGCUGAACAUCUUUUAGCACAAUAGAGCAGUUACAAUGAUUUUAUUUACCCAGCAAUUUAUUUGAUGAUUGGAGAUUGUCAUGGGUUGAACUUAUUCCAUCAUUUCAACAGUAUUCGUGCUUUCUUUGUCGGCGACCCCAGGUGAUUAUAGCAUCAGCAGCUACCUGAGACUCAGAGAGGGUCUUUGGUUCAGUGAUGGAACAGAGUCCUUUUUAUUGUUCAGUGGCCACUGGCCACUGUCUAACUUUGGAAGAUGAUGUGAGUAAUUUAAUAUGAAAAUUUGUCUAAUGCUGGAUUUGGUAUAGCAGGAGCUGAAUUUUCUGUAAGGAUCUUAUAAGUUAUUUACUCAUGCUUUUGUGGUCAAGGAACUUAAACUCCCAGUUUCUUGUAGAGCUAGCCGCCUUUGCAAUUCAAUUAGCAUUUAGACAUCGAUAAAGCUGUCUUCAAAAUUUCAAACAUUUAAGAUAAAUGAGUUAGUUAUAUUUUCACA